CAAGGAGGCAUUGUUGCACUCGCCUCUGCUAUGUCAGGUUUGAAAAGCUGUGGAAUAAUUCUGGAGCGGGAGCUGAAUGCAAAGGCCGCGAAUAUAAUCACUUCGUUUUAUCCGAUAUGCAGAAGGAGAACUUCUACACUGGUUUGCACAAUGCUACGACGAGCAAUGAACGUUUACAUCGAGUUGCUUUCGAGUGUAAUUCCCAAGGAAGAGAUCAUCAGGAAUGAGGAUUGGUUCUGUUGUUUGGAAAUGAAUGUUUGUGAUGAAAGUGAAACUAUAAGAAAAGGCGCUUAUAAAGCAGCUGUUGCCUUUUUCAAAGUUUUUGUCGAUCCAGCAGAUGCCACAUUCUUAAUUCAGCGAAUUCACCAGAUUUAUUUUCGCCAGUUAAUCACUGCGAAUGUGGAAAUAAAUAGGGAGGGUAUGGCGUUACUUCUGGGCGCUCUUCCACCAGCGUUAAUCACUGCGAAUGUGGAGAUAAAUAGGGAGGGUAUGGCGUUACUUCUGGGCGCUCUUCCCCCAGCGGUACUUCUGAUGUCCACAUCUGAUCGUUGUUUUGCUGCUGAACUCGUCGAUAUUCUAACUUCUGUAAUCAGUCGGCAAACCGCGCUGGAUGCAAAGUGGGCAUUUGCACGUCGCUCGUGUGUGGCUGCUAUUGCGCAGAUUCUUAAAGCAGUCGGCAUCAAACCAUUGGGCGACGUCAACGCACUUCUUGAUUGGUUUGUUCCAUCUGUUUUUGUUUCCAUGUAG